GGAGCAUGCCUGUGAUGAAGAAUAUGAGCUACAGACUAUGACUGCUGAUUAGACAAGAGCUGCACCAAGGUGAUAAGCAAUUAGUAAUAUUCAUGCAAAAUGUUUCUUUUUCCUUAUUUUAAACAUUCUCUCUCCUUCAGAGAAACAGAUGGGGUAAGACAACUGAGAACAGAGAUCUGUUUUAUGGAUGAUACUAUUACUUUUGAGAUUAUAUUUAUAUUUGUUGAAUACCCUUUGAUGCACAUAUUCUGAUUUUUAGAGAGAAACUUAUCUAAGAUAUGGUUUGUGAAAAUCACACCAGAGUCACUGAAUUUAUUCUUCUUGGUAUUACAAACAACCCCGAGAUGCAAGUUUCCCUCUUCGUUUUGUUCCUGGCCAUCUAUACAGUUACUUUGUUGGGCAACUUUCUUAUUGUCACAGUUACCAUGAUGGAUCCUGCUCUUCAAACACCCAUGUACUUCUUUCUCCGAAACUUAUCCCUUCUUGAAGUCUGUUUCACCUUGGUCAUGGUACCGAAGAUGCUGGUGGAUCUAGUGUCUCCAAGGAAAAUCAUCUCUUUUGUGGGCUGUGGAACCCAGAUGUACUUCUUCUUCUUCUUUGGCAGCUCUGAAUGUUUUCUUCUCUCUAUGAUGGCUUAUGAUCGUUUUGUGGCCAUCUGUAACCCUCUCCGUUAUUCAGUCAUAAUGAAUAGAUCUCUAUGCCUGUGGAUGGCUGCAGGCUCUUGGAUGUCUGGUGUUCCUGUGUCUAUGCUGCAGACAGCUUGGAUGAUGGCCCUUCCUUUCUGUGGACCAAACACUGUAGACCAUUUUUUUUGUGAUGGUCCUCCAGUGUUGAAACUAGUCACGGAAGAUACAACCAUGUAUGAAAUGCAAGCGCUUGCUUCCACACUCCUGUUUAUCAUGUUUCCCUUUUCCCUCAUUUUGGUCUCCUACACCCGCAUUAUUACAACCAUUCUGAGGAUGCCUUCUGCUUCUGGUCGCCAGAAGGCAUUCUCUACUUGUUCCUCACACCUCAUUGUGGUAUCCCUUUUCUAUGGAACAGCCAGCCUGACCUACCUACGGCCCAAAUCCAACCAGUCCCCUGAAAGCAAAAAGCUAGUGUCAUUGUCCUACACUGUCAUCACCCCUAUGUUAAACCCCAUCAUCUACAGCCUAAGGAAUAAUGAAGUGAAAGGGGCAGUCAAGAGGGCAAUCACUAGAAAAGUCUUGCAGAAGUUAGAUGCAUUUUGAAUCCUAUUGUGUAGAAGUUUUAAAACAAAGUAGGAGCAACAGAACCCGCUAACAAAAGCUUAAAAGGAAGGAGUAGAAGAGUUGCUCGUAUUUCAUCAGUGUCAUUUACUGUGGUAGAUGCAUCUCAGUGUAUCAGUCAGGGUCCUAGCAAGAAAGACAUGGUAUUCUCCAAUUGAGAUAAUGAGGAAAAUCUUUGUGAGAGAGCUAUUUUAAAACAGUCCAUACAAUGGAAAUGUCAUACUUCUUGGCCUGAAACGUAAGGUAGAAAGAAGAGUAUUAACUGGAACCAGGAGAAUGCUACAACUACCAAAAAAAAAAAAAAAAAAAAAA